AUGUCAACCACGAGUCAGUCAGAUAACGAGAGCCGAACUCAAGCUCACCCUGCUCCAUCUGCUCGGACAAAUCGGUCGAACACCUCUGGUUUGGCAAACCAUCGAACUCGACCCUACCCCACCUCCUUGCCACGCAAUGGAGGGGGGGGUCGACUCCCCAGCGGGAGCAACGAUACUCGACCUAGCCCCUUGCCGAGUCCUGUUGGGAUUGAAACCCCGCUAGCCGGUCACCCACCAACGGUGGGAACUGUUCGCCAUUUUGGACGACCAGGCGCGGGCGUAAUACGACGAUGGCCCCCGGCUAUAGUGCCAUUUGAGAUCACAGACUCUGACUUUAACCCAGAGUUUGUCGAACACCUCGGUCGGUCUUAUGAUCUUCGUGCACCAUACAUGGACUUUGCUGAAGAGCUUGUACAAUACAGCGUGCUGUUGUACUCGGUCCUGUCCACCCGACAAGCUGUCGAAUCACUCAUUCGCUCACGGGAUGCGGCCGAGAAUGGAACUUCUACCUCGGCCGGCAUCCCUCUGUCGGUUCAAGCUCGGAUUUACCCUUACCAAAACCACUUCAAGACCUUUGUGCAAAACAAGGCUAAGGAGGUGCUCAUGUGCGCCACACUCGAUGUGUAUUCGAGCCUCCCAGUGAGGGGUGCCCCAGCAGCUGGCAGAACCCUUCUGGAUCAGGUCAUGGAUCAUGUGAGGGAGCAGUCGGACGAGUUCAAGUUAGAUUACUUGCCUGUUGGGUUUAUCUCCGGAGACCUUUCGGCCCUGGCGAGUGUGAGCACGGAGAUCCGUGAACGGUUAAAGCAUGAGCGAGGAGCCAUGCGUAAUCUUCUUCUUACCAUGGUCCAUGAGCCCUCGGGUCGUCCGAUCACGCACCCGGUACCCAGCUUGACAAACCUGAUUAUUGAUUUGACCCAACGGAUGAUUCCGAGCGUUGAGAGAGCCGCCGCCCACGCAGCCGACCGUCGUUUGAGAUCCAGAAUCGCACACCUUCGUAUCCAGACCAUUUCGCAUUACGCCAGACGCGGUUCGGGUGAAACCAACCGCCAAUGGGCAAUAAUAGAUGAACAACUAGUCGAUUUGAGGGCAAGGGACCCGUUGUACCGCCGAGCCUUCUACCGGUUGAUCAUGCAGCUCGAUAACGAAAUGUUCGGCGAUACCUUAUACGCUGACAUGGACGUAGAUCGUAUCCGAACCCCCACUGAAGACGAGGUCCUAGCCCAAAUGGCUGUGAUGGCGGAAGAACGAUUGUCCGCUGUACCAUCAAAUGCGCGCUCUGCAGAAUGAGUAAUUCCUGCCCUG